UGUUUUUACUAGCUGGUGGGCUGCAACUUUCCAGAAUCAGCAUACUCCCAUGUCCUUUCCGUGAGCCGCAGGUCCCCUGGGAUUUGGGGAGAAGUCCGUCAAUACGUUGAAUUUUGAUAUCCCUUUUAGAAAUCAUUUAAAAAUAUCUUCUCAGCGUGUUCCGUAUCAAAUCCACACCCACUCCCCCAAGCCGGGCCCACUUCUCCUGAGACUCGGCGGUUGGUGUGCUAAGGGGCAUCUUCAAUGACGCAGUGAAGAAAGGCCCCCAUUUCCCCAAUCCCUUUUUCGGGGUUGGAGGACCUGGUACCGUCAGUGAACACUCGGCUUUCGUUUGCUUUUCUUGUUAGGGCGCAAUUCGGCCUUCUAUUAAUGUACAAUGGCCAGAUGAGCCGUUCCACUGCUCGCAAGUCGAUAGGGGGAGCCGGUAGUCGGCCCGACCGUACCAUCAGGCGCCCAGGUGGGAGGUCGCAGGACGCCGUCGGUCACCAGGCUCGGAGGACAGGGAAAUGGCGGCCUUAGGGUCUCCGGCGCGCACUUUGCGGGGACUUCUGCGGGAGUUGCGCUACCUGAGCGCGGCCACCGGCCGACCCUAUCGCGACACCGCGGCCUAUCGGUACCUCGUGAAGGCUUUCCGUGCACAUCGGGUCACCAGUGAAAAGUUGUGCAGAGCCCAACAUGAGCUUCAUUUUCAAGCUGCCACCUAUCUCUGCCUCCUGCGUAGCAUCCGGGAACAUGUGGCCCUGCAUCAGGAAUUUCAUGGCAAGGGUGAGCGCUCAGUGGAGGAGUCUGCUGGCUUGGUGGGCCUCCAAUUGCCGCAUCAGCCUGGAGGGAAGGGCUGGGAACCAUGAACAUGGAGAGUAUCCUUGGAUGCUGCAUUCAUAAGAAAAUUUAAUAAUUUCUGUCAAUAUGUAUUUAUCAUUAAACUUUUUUUAAGUUUAA